AUGUCUUCCCACCUCAACCCACCUCUCCUUAUCCCCCCCAUCCUCUUCCUUCUCCUCACCUUCUCCAUGCCUUCCACCUCCACUACUUCCUCCCCCUCCCCCCUCCUCUCCUUCUCCCCGCCGGAAGGAGGUCUCACACAUUUGGUGGUCCACAACAAAACGGGCGAGGUCUACCUGGGAGCCGUCAACUGGAUUUACAAGCUGUCCAACAACCUGACUAAGCUGCGAAGCCACGUUACUGGCCCAGUCACAGACAACCCUCGCUGUUACCCGCCACCCGGUGUUCAGUCCUGCCCCCACGAGCUGGUGCAGACCUCUAAUGUCAACAAACUCCUGCUACUUGAUGCUGCCCACAACCGCUUAAUCGCCUGUGGGAGUACUUCCCAGGGAAUAUGCCAGUUCCUGCGUCUGGAUGAUCUGUUCAAGCUCGGUGAGCCCCACCACCGUAAGGAGCAUUACCUAUCCAGUGUUGCCGAGGCGGGCACCAUGUCAGGCGUCGUGAUCUCCCCGGAUCUUUUUGGUGGCGGCGGGAAACUUUUUGUCGGCACUCCCAUCGACGGGAAAUCUGAAUACUUCCCGACUCUGUCGAGCCGCAAGUUGAUGUCCAACGAGGAGAACGCUGAUAUGUUCAGCUUCGUCUACCAGGAUGAGUUUGUCUCCUCGCAGCUGAAGAUCCCCUCAGAUACGCUCUCCAAGUUCCCGGCAUUUGACAUCUAUUAUAUCUACGGUUUCAACAGCGAGCAGUUUGUGUAUUACCUUACUUUACAGCUCGACACCCAGCUCACCUCGCCAGACGCAAGCAGCGAACAGUUCUUCACCUCUAAAAUUGUCCGCCUAUGCGUUGACGAUCCCAAGUUCUACUCCUACGUCGAGUUCCCCAUUGGCUGCACCAAGGACGGAGUGGAGUACCGCUUGGUUCAGGAUGCUUAUUUGGCCCGCCCGGGAGCCCGUCUGGCACGUUCGCUUGGUAUUCAAGAGCACGAGGAGGUUCUGUUUACUGUAUUCGCCCAGGGUCAAAAGAAUAGAGCCAAGCCACCCAAGGAGUCGGCUUUGUGUCUGUUCACAAUGAGGCGGAUAAAGGAGAAGAUUAAAGAGAGGAUUCAGUCGUGUUACAGAGGCGAGGGGAAACUCUCCCUGCCCUGGCUACUCAACAAGGAGCUUGCCUGCAUCAACUCGCCGCUGCAGAUAGACGACAACUUCUGCGGCCAGGACUUCAACCAGCCUCUAGGGGGCACCACGGCCAUCGAGGGCAUCCCGCUUUACGUGGACAAGGACGACGGCAUGACGUCCGUGGCGGCCUACGACUACCGCGGACACACUGUGGCGUUCACCGGCACCCGCAGCGGACGCAUGAAGAAGAUCCUGGUGAACUCCAUCAUCCAGCCUGCCUUGCUGUAUGAGAAUGUGGUGGUGAGCAACGGGAGCCCCAUCCUGAGAGAUAUGCUCUUCAGCCCAGAUCAUCAGCACUUAUACGCCCUCACGGAUAAACAGGUCACCCGCGCGCCGGUGGAGAGCUGCGAGCAGUACGACUCCUGCGGGGCCUGUCUGGGAUCGGGAGACCCUCACUGCGGCUGGUGUGUGCUGCACAAUGUGUGUUCGAGGAAAGAUCGUUGUGAGCGGGCCGAGGAGCCUCAGCGUUUCACCACCAGGGCGGAGCAGUGCGUCCGACUCUCGGUCCAACCCACCACCAUCUCUGUCACCAUGUCGGAAGUGCAGUUGGUACUUCAGACGCAGAAUGUGCCCAGUCUGUCUGCUGGGGUGAACUGCUCCUUUGAGGACUACGUGGAGACAGAGGGACGCAUCUACGGUGGACGGAUCUUCUGCCUGUCCCCGUCUACGAAAGAAGUGGCCCCCAUCACGCGAGAUCAGGGUGACCAACGCGUCAUAAAGUUGUAUCUGAAGUCAAAGGAGACGGGGAAGAAGUUUGCCAGCGUGGAUUUGGUCUUCUACAACUGCAGCGUCCACCAAUCGUGCCUGUCCUGUGUGAAUGGAAAGUUCCCCUGCCACUGGUGCAAAUAUCGCCACAUGUGCACGCAGGACGCCAACGACUGCUCCUUCCAGGAGGGACGAGUCAACACCUCGGAGGAGUGUCCUCAGAUCUUGCCCUCCACCCAGAUCUAUAUCCCCGCUGGAGUCAUGAGGCCGAUCACCCUGCUGGCCCAGAACCUUCCCCAGCCGCAGUCCGGACAGAAGAACUAUGAGUGCAUCUUCCACAUCCAGGGCAACACGCACAACGUCCCGGCUCUGAGGUUCAACAGCACCAGCAUACAGUGUCAGAAGACCACGUAUGACUACGAGGGCAGUGACAUCAGUGACCUACCGGUCGACCUCUCCGUGGUGUGGAAUGGAAUCUUUGUCAUUGACAACCCGUUCAACAUCCAAGCCCAUCUCUACAAGUGCAGAGCGCUGCGGGACAGCUGCGGUAUGUGCCUGAAGGCCGACCCCAGGUUCGAAUGUGGCUGGUGCGUCCAGGACAGGAAGUGCUCCCUCAGGCAGGAGUGUACCGGUGGAGGAAAUUCCCACCUCCCAAUGCAGAUGACUGAAGGCGGAGGAUGGAUGCACGCCACCUCUGGAAACAGCCGCUGCACCCACCCCAAGAUCACUAAGUUGUUCCCUGAGACGGGGCCUCGCCAAGGGGGAACCAGGGUGACCAUCCUGGGGGAGAACCUCGGUCUGCAGUUCAGAGACAUCCAGAUGGGCGUCAGACUGGGCAAGGUGCCCUGCGUGCCUGUUGAGGAGGAGUACGUGAGCGCGGAGAGAAUAGUGUGUCUGCUGAAUGAUGCUACCAGCUACAGGGUCCAGGAGGCUCAGGUCGAGGUGUGUGUGAGAGACUGCGUCAACGACUACAGGGCCUUAUCGCCCAGGCCGUUCACGUUUGUGUCGCCAUUCUUCACCCGUAUCCAGCCAUCUCAGGGGCCCAUUUCUGGCGGCACCCGCGUCACCAUCGAGGGAAGCUACCUCAACGCAGGCAGCUAUGUGUCUGUCAGCAUUGGACCGCAGCCCUGCUACUUCAAAAAGAGGAACGCCCGUGAGAUAGUGUGCGUUACUCCAGCUGGAAUAGCACCGGGCAGUGCGUCUGUGUUGGUGGACAUUGACGAUGCCGAGCUCAGAAACCCAGAGGUCAAGUUCAACUACACAGAGGACCCCACUGUCCUGAGGAUUGAACCUGACUGGAGCAUUGCAAGUGGUGGCACUCUGCUGACAGUGAGCGGCACCAACCUCGCAACCAUCCGGGAACCAAAGAUCAGGGCCAAGUAUGGGCAGGCGGAAUCCUUUCACAACUGUACUGUAUACAACAACUCCGUCAUGGUCUGUCUGGCUCCAUCGGUGGCGGAUUCAGAGCUGGGUUUCGCCGAGACGGGCACCGGCCCGGACGAGAUCGGGUUCUACAUGGACAACGUGAACGCUCUGGUGGUGGUCAACGAGACAUUCAGCUACUACCCAGACCCAGUGUUUGAGCCACUGAGUCCCUCUGGAAUACUGGAGCUCAAGCCCACUUCGCCACUUAUUCUCAAGGGUCGUAACCUGAUCCCGGCGGCUCCAGGUAACAGUCGCCUCAACUACACGGUGCUGAUUGGAGAAACUCCCUGCGUCCUCACCCUGUCGGAGAGCCAGCUGCUGUGCGAAUGGCCAAACCUCACCGGACAACACAAAGUCACGAUCCGUGCCGGUGGGUUUGAGUACUCCCCCGGGACACUUCACAUCUACUCGGACAGCCUGCUGACGCUCCCCGCCAUUAUCGGCAUCGGAGGGGGUGGCGGCCUGCUCCUGUUGGUCAUCAUCGCCGUGCUGAUCGCCUAUAAGAGGAAGUCCAGGGACGCCGACCGCACCUUAAAGCGCCUGCAGCUCCAGAUGGACAACCUGGAGUCCAGAGUGGCCCUGGAAUGUAAAGAAGCUUUUGCCGAGCUUCAGACUGACAUCCACGAGCUAACCCAGGAGCUGGACGGAGCUGGGAUCCCCUUCCUGGACUAUCGGACUUACGCAAUGAGGGUCCUGUUCCCAGGCAUUGAGGACCACCCUGUGCUCAAGGAGAUGGAGGUACGGGUCCAGGCAAAUGUCGAGAAGGCACUGACGCUGUUUGGCCAGCUGCUGACGAAGAAGCACUUCCUGCUGACGUUCAUCCGAACCCUGGAGGCACAAAGGUCAUUUUCAAUGCGGGACAGAGGCAACGUGGCGUCUCUGAUCAUGACAGCCCUGCAGGGGGAAAUGGAGUAUGCCACCGGAGUCCUGAAACAGCUGCUGUCCGACCUGAUAGACAGAAACUUGGAGAGCAAAAACCAUCCCAAGCUGCUGCUCAGGAGGACGGAGUCUGUGGCUGAGAAGAUGCUGACCAACUGGUUUACAUUCCUGCUGUAUAAGUUCCUCAAGGAGUGUGCUGGGGAGCCUCUGUUCAUGCUUUACUGUGCCAUGAAGCAGCAGAUGGAGAAGGGACCCAUAGACGCCAUCACAGGAGAAGCCCGCUACUCCCUCAGCGAGGACAAGCUCAUCAGGCAGCAGAUUGACUACAAAACACUGACGCUGCACUGUGUAAACCCAGAGAAUGAGAACGCCCCCGAGGUGACGGUCAAGUGUCUGAACUGUGACACCAUCACUCAGGUCAAAGAGAAGCUGCUUGAUGCUGUGUACAAGGGCAGCCCCUAUUCACAGAGGCCCAAGGCUUCAGAUAUGGACCUAGAAUGGCGUCAGGGUCGGAUGGCCAGAAUCAUUCUGCAAGAUGAAGACGUCACGACUAAGAUCGACAACGACUGGAAAAGACUCAACACACUGGCUCACUAUCAGGUGACAGAUGGCUCGGUGAUCGCCCUGGUGCCAAAGCAGAACUCGGCCUAUAACAUCUCCAACUCGUCCACUUUCACCAAGAGCCUCAGUAGAUACGAGAGUAUGCUGAGGACUGCCAGUAGUCCAGACAGCCUACGAUCCCGAACACCCAUGAUCACCCCUGACCUGGAGAGUGGAACCAAGUUGUGGCAUCUGGUGAAGAACCACGACCACUCGGACCAGAGGGAGGGUGACCGAGGCAGCAAGAUGGUCUCUGAGAUCUACCUGACUCGGCUGUUGGCUACAAAAGGUACGUUACAGAAGUUUGUGGACGACCUGUUUGAGACCAUCUUCAGCACGGCCCACAGAGGAAGCGCACUGCCGCUGGCCAUCAAGUACAUGUUCGACUUUCUCGACGAGCAGGCCGACAAACACUCCAUCACAGACUACGACGUACGACAUACCUGGAAGAGCAACUGCCUUCCUCUUCGGUUCUGGGUGAACGUCAUCAAGAACCCCCAGUUUGUAUUUGACAUCCAUAAGAACAGCAUCACGGACGCCUGUCUGUCUGUGGUGGCCCAGACCUUCAUGGACUCCUGUUCUACGUCAGAACACAAACUGGGAAAAGAUUCACCUUCAAAUAAGCUUCUCUACGCUAAAGACAUCCCCAACUACAAGAACUGGGUAGAGAGGUAUUACUCCGACAUCUCCCGCAUGCCGGCCAUCAGCGACCAGGACAUGAGUGCCUACCUAGCAGAGCAGUCCCGUCUGCACCUCAGCCAGUUCAACAGUAUGUCUGCUCUGCACGAGAUCUACUCCUACAUCACCAAAUACAAAGACGAGAUCCUGUCGGCGUUACAGAAGGACGAGCAGUCGCGCAGACAGCGGCUCCGUGGCAAGCUGGAGCAGGUCAUCGACACCAUGGCGCUGGCUAGCUGAGGACUGGCCAAUGACGCGCUUCGGCUAGCGGAGAUCUGGCCAACCAACACGCCUUCCCCGACAAGCUUUGUGACAUUUUGACCCUCGACGUUUGAAGUCUGUCGUUAUCACCCUCACAAACAACAAGGAACAGCAGCGGAAAAAGGACUGCAUGGACACAAGCACCCAGCAGCAGCAGCACACUGGAGAGACAACAGAGUUUGGAAUUAAGGCCCCGUCAGCUGGGUUGGCUUCUUUUCUUUUUUUCUCUCUCUGAGCCACCAACCCAGCUCCAAACAACCAAAUCAAGCGCACCCUUCAGCCUCAGACGAUAUGGACCUCAGCUCAGGAGAGCGUUUAUUUUCAUCAAGGCCCUCAUCACAUCUAGAGUCCUACGGAAGGAGAAGAAGCAGUUGGGUACUUUGGCCACAAUCAGGAGCAGCACAUGCACAGUGGUGACCAAAAAAAAAAAAACUCAUCUAGCUGGACACAGAGCUGAAAAGCUACAGGGAAGAUACAAGCUUUCCACAGCCAAGGCUACACUUCAGACUGUGAGCCCAUUAAAAAAUCCAGGAUAUAACACUGCGCUACUUGAUCCCUGUCAGAGGUCAGGGACAGUUACACAGCAGCCACGGAGCUGGUGGAGAUUCAGCGUGUUGCUCAAAGACACUUCAGUAGGGUGGAUGCUUGGCAACACAAAAGGCUGCUGCCACUGCAGGGCAACCAGGAGGAAGGACUUUUUGCAGGGAAACUUCCUCCAACUCUUUAUCAACAGGAACUCCACUGUAGUCAAACAAAGGACAUUUUUCCGUUUCAUAACUCUGCAUUUGAUCUGUUACCGCAUUUGAUUUAAUUUGUUUCCCCCCAAACUGCCUACUCUCCCCAGUGCUGUGCCACUUGUGUUACUGCUGAAUUUGCACAACAAAGCUAAAUCAAAAGAGAGAAGAGGAUAUAUGAAAAUAUAUAUAUAUAUAUAUAGAUAUAUAAAUACAAACCUUUUGUUUUUAAAACAGAUGAAAAGUUGAAAAAAAUAAAACAUUUUCCAUUGUAAUGUACAAAAGAUAAGUCUGAGAAGAGGAUUUGAUAUUUCCAAGAUGAAAAACUUAUGAAAACACAAGGAAACAGACGUCCUGUGCCAUGUUUUACUUUGAAUGUCGUUUAGUGCAAAGAGACUUCUUUUCGUUAGAUGAAAUGUGCUACUAUGAUGAAAAUGUUGUCAUUCUUAGUGACUGAAAGUGAGAGUUUAAAAAAAAAAAGGUAAAUGGCGAAAAAAUAUAUAUAUAUUACAGACACUUUUCUAUAUUUCACGAGGGCCGAUGUGUGCUACAUGUUUGGCCCUAAAGGUAGUACGAGUAGGCAAAUGAUGUCUGGAAGUGGCCUGUGAGCCAACCGACCUACAGUGCUUUUGUGUUUGUUUUAGAGAAACCAAAAACAUCCAGGCCUGGUCGGCUGAUUCAGAUGAGACAGAAGUCAUUUGUGUGGAAGCCAGCCUCACGCUGUGCUAGCAGAUGACUAUAGAGGCGCUAGGCAGCCGUUUAAGUCAAACCCUGGCGCAGCGUGCUCAACAACUUCUUCAUAUUGUUUUUUUCUAGACUUACCCUCUUGUCUGAAAAAAAAAAAAAAAAAAAAAAAAAAAGUAUAAGCUGUGCCAUCCAAAAUGAAGGCCAGUUUCGGUGUGCAGAAGAAGGUGAGACAGUAUUGUUUAUUCUUAUUUUGGCUUGUUAUUUUUAGUCCGCAGUGAAGGUGGUAAAGCUAAAGGUUCAAUCUUUGAAAUGUGAAUGUGGUUUAUGAAAAGAUGAUGAAAUGUAGCUUGAUUUAUGUGUUUUUGUACCAGUUGAAGGCCUUUCUCUUUUUUUUUUCGUUUCGUGGUUUUAUAGGGGUAAAAAAAAACAAAAAAAAAACACAGUUUUCCUUCCAGUACAUGCUGCUCCGCAUUAACUUGCAGUGCUUCAAAAAACAUUCAUUCAAAAACAAGACAUUCCUUCCUCCUCUGAGUGUGAAAAGGCUACAAGGCUAAUAACAGAGGCUAGAGAGUAGAGAACAAAAGAUGUUCAACAAACCAGGGUAAUAAACAGUACACGGUUGUCCAUCCUGGAAGAACUUGUUAUGAAAUGUAGAGCAACCAGACGAGACACAUUAACAACCAGAUCAGAUAGAUAAGGUUGAGAAACAAACCCUCCUCUACUUAUCCCUCCUGUCCCUGUUUGUUUGAGUUAGAUAACAAAGCAGGUUCAAACCCAUCAAAUGCACUUUUAAGAAACAAAAAGAAACAGUUGCCGAUGCCUCAAAAUCAUUUUCUUUUUCUUCCUCUUCAACAGUGCUUCCCUCGGAUUUGGUUUUUGCUGCAAAAAGUGUCGAAAGGGCCUCCGACCAGCUGACACUAGAGUCAAGUUCGGAUAGAGUAAAGCUUGAUGGGUGCAUCGGGAGUCUUCUAGGCCAGGGCCGUUGUCAAAGGUUUCCUCCUGAGUUGUGUUAUCAGUUCAAGAGUUUAUACUUAGACAGAGGAAACUAAAAGAGCCCAGUUAUUUUCAAUUCAGUCUUACUUUCUUGUUUUUUGUCUAUCUCUGUGAUGGGCCAUUGUGAGUGCAGGGAGCGCUGGUCUUCAGUACGAUCCAGCGGCCCAAACAGAAGCCCCCAAAAUGAUUUCCAGCCCAGUAACAAUCCACCUGCCACAAAGGAGCCUGUAUUUGGAUGGAUGCUAAUGUUAAGCUAACUGGCAAUACUUUUUUUGUGUCUUAGUUGGACAAUUGUUAAGCUAAGUAUAAACAUCUAUAGCCAAGGAUAGUUGGAGCUAAAUUAUCGGUCAUCGGAAACCGACCUCAAUUCUACAACUUUGAUAUACAUAAUCAUUUCUGAGUUAGACUGACAAAAUCGCAUCCUUUUGAUUCUUCCAUUGAUGUCAACGCAGAACACCCAAACAGCCUGCAGACUAAACGUGUUAGCGACGCUUGGAAGACACCAGAUGGUUGACUAACUGACAGAUCCCAUGCGAUAACUGUUAAGUCACAGCUGUUUUGCAUUUUCAAAGUGCGACAGGGUGUGAUUGGUGAGCUUUCAGUCACUGAAGUUUGGGGGGGAAUUCACACCUUAGUUCCUUUGGAUUGUGUAAUUUAGCAGCGUUCCCUCCAAUCUAAGUCCCAUGCUUAUAAAACAAAUUACAAUGAUUAAAUAUUAUCAAGGUUUUGGCAAGAGAUUAUCGUUUCAUAUUACUAGGCACUGCUAGGUGCUAGCGACAUGUUAGCUGUUAGCCGACAAAGUGAUUAUCUAGCACCAAAAAUUAGAAUGCUAAAAAAAGACCUCCAACAUGGCCGACUGUGGGCAUGACAUUUGAAGGAGCAAAAACCCAGCAAUUUGGUACUCUUUCGACCAUCUUCCUCAUCAAUAUCCUUUAACUUUUAUGUAUACUUGCACCAACUCUUGCCAUCAAACCAAACACAUGUUGCUGCUGUCUAGUAAAAACUCUUGAGUCCAACAAAUUUCCCUCCAUACAUAGAUUUAAGAUGUUUAAUAAAACCCCUUUAAAAGUACGCUCCGCUCUUCAGAUAUUAGCCUGCAGUUUGCGCCGUGUUUUCAUCUAACAGCAUCAAUAUGUGUCGGGACCGAAUAAAACAUAGCCGACUGUAUGUUCUUCGAUACUUGAACCACUGAUCUACACAGGGUAAAACAACAUACAGGGCAGCUGACCAAAGCUUCAUUCAUCCACAUCAGGAGAUCAACAUCCUUGACACGAGAUUACCUUUGAUCCAUCUGCUCUUCAGUUCUUCCACAAAACGAUUUCAGCACUCUUUACAGACCUUUAAAUACCCCCUCACUGAAGGUAUUUAGUGUUUCGUCUUUAAGCUUGAUGAAUGGUGAAAUCGGGGCGGUGUCACUUCAACGGGCGGGCGCUCAUUAACACAUUCCAUUCAAUUUGAAUUAAUAACUGGAACAGUCGGAGGAUGUGGACCACUGCAUUGAUGUUCGAAUGCUCAAUUGUUCUUUUGAUGAAGACUUGUAAAGCUGAUUUUUAGAGAUGUGCAAAGAGUAAUGAGGCUUAGUUAGUAACCCCAAGGAUCACUUUGUAGGGAGUACAAAAGGAAAAAAAAAAAAAAGUUCAGCGAGAUUGAGAGAUAAGGCCCGCUUGGUCUCUUGGUGCUUUUGUUUCUUGGUUUUUGCUUCUUGUUUUCUGCUGCACUUGUUGGGGUAAAAGAUGAAACGACUCGGGCAAGGCAGAGGAAGCGCUUUGAAGGCCAUGGUAUCGCUUCAUUUUCCAUUCCGUUGCAUCUGUGGCGUUCGACUUCCACAUAGCAGAAAAAGACAGUGAUGAAGGAGGGAGGAGGAGGGUGGAGCGCGAGAAGGAGAGAGGCGGAGGGCGAGAUUCUCUUUGGCGAUUGACUGAGGCAGAGCUGUUCACUGUGCCUUGUCAGCCUCCUACCAUACUGAAAAUCAUGUAUUUUUACAUACACUUAAAGGGUUUGACUCAAGGUACGUGUUUGAAAAGAGACAGAGGAAUAUGUUUAAAUGUGCAUUUUGACAACAGUUGUUUAACAUGUACUUGAAGAAGAGUGCAAUAUUUUAUGAGGUUUUUUAUUUGCUUCCUGAAGACUGAUGACCGAUUUCAUGUGUGUGUACAGAGCUGGAGUGUUUAGCCUAGCUUAGCAAGUAAAAGGGCCUUCGAGAAAAAAACACAAUUGCUAAUUAACAAACCGUAUCUCAUCUAUUUAACCUUACAUAAACAAAAAUGAGGAAGAAUAACUGUACGCUGAUUUUAUUCACUUCCUUAUUCACGGCCUUGCUAACCUGAGCUAAGCUAACAACAUCCUGAUUCCAGCUCUGUACCUAACAUUUAUACUGUUAGCCUCUCAUUUUACCCUUGAAACAACAUGAAAACUGUCCUAUUUCUUUCGGAUAGCUAGUCCCAGGAGAUGGUUAGCUUAGCUUAGGAAGCAGAAAGAAGCUAAUUAACACAUUACAUUUGUUAGCUGUUGUUAGCAGACAAAAGUGUUUGUAAAUGUAAAUGUUUCACUUUUGAACAUUACAGGCUAGCUGUAUCUAAUUGUUCUGUUAUGCUAGGCUAAAUAUCUCUGCUCUACCUCUAUAUGUAUCACACCAACAUGAGUGUGGUAUCAAUCUUCUCACCUCACUCUGUGCAAAAGGGGGGAAAAGAGCAUCAGCUGAGUUAAUAAUAUACAUUACAUCUAUUUUUAUUUUUAUUUUUAUUUUUUUUGCUUUAUCCUCCUGCAUCUAGUGUUUUUGCUAAGCUAAGCUAACUCCAUCCUGGCUCCAACUUUGUAUUUAGAAUAUGAAUGUGAAAGGGGUAUCAAUCAGUAAACAAGGGCAUUUCCCAAAACACACUUUUUUUUUUCUAUACUCUGAAAGCCAUCUGUAAAUCUACCCUGAAGUGUAUGUUAAAUGUACUUAUUUGUCAGUAUGGGCUGCACCCUCCAACAUGACACCUCCUCACCGCCACACAACCUUAAUACUUCCCCCCAUCUGCCAUUUUUUGAUCCCCCCCCUCCAGCAGCAACACUCAGAAGUUUCUCAUCCCUCCAGCUCUCUCCAGCUUCCUCACCUGCAGUGUUCACUUUGAUUAGAGUACAUUUCAGAGAAGGCGUAUAGGACGCAAAAUACCUUCACACACAGAUUAAAGAGGAGAGAGGCAGAAAGAAAAAAAAAAAAAAAAGAAAAAAAAUACCUUAAAGAGUUUUAAUACUUUAUGAAUUCUGAUACCUUUUUAAGAGUUUCAGACUUGAAGCUGCUGUGACAGGUUUUGGCUGUUUCACGCCUGUGUAAAUAUCCUGCUCUUUCCUAUUUUGCAGAUUUAUUACGUGUAAAUAGACACGCAUCAAGGAGAGAUUAAACAUGUUUUUUGCUAAAUCUG